CCUUAACCAGCUCCUCUUUUUAUUAUUGAAUAAUUUGAUACCACUUUAAUACACAAACACAAUAAAUAAGCAACAUCCAUGGCUCCAGCAAACAUCUCAGUCUACCCUGCCAAGCAGCACUUUGCCGCUACAGCGCAGAAGCUGGGGGCCACCUCGGGCGUCAUCUUUGUGCGCGGCGGCGACAUCAUCGUCCAUCCGGACUCGGACACCGAGUACGAGUUCCACCAGGAUUCCAGCUUCUACUACCUAUCGGGCGUCAUCGAGCCCGGCUACGCCGCAGCCUACGACAUCGCGUCCAGCACGGCCAUCCUUUUUGCCAACCACGUGUCGGCCGAUGAGGCCGUGUGGGUCGGCGUCCCAGCGUCGCUCGACGAGCAGCGCGCCACCUACGGCUUCGACCAGGCACACUACACGCACGACAUCGAGUCAGUGAUCAGCGCGCUGCGGCCUGAGCGGAUCUUUGCACUGGCGCACCACAGCACGGAAAACCUCGGCAGUGCCGCCAGCAUUGAUACCGAGCGUCUGCUUGACGCCGUGCACGAGGCGCGGGUGUUCAAGGACGACCACGAAAUUGCCAUUAUGCGGCGCGCCAACGCGAUCAGCAGCGCAGCGCACGAGGUUCUGAUGCGCGAGGCAAAGCAGGGGAUGAACGAGGCUGAGCUGCGCGGGCGCUUUGUCGGCCUAGUGCUGGCGCAGGGCUGCAGCUACGAGGCAUACGGCAGCAUUGUUGCGCGCGGCCGCAACGCCGCUGUGCUGCACUACACUAAGAACAACAUGGCGCUGGCUGACGCAUCGGCAAUGGUGCUGGUCGAUGCCGGCGGCUCGCUCAGCUGCUACGCGUCGGAUAUUACGCGCACAUGGCCGAUUGGCGCGGCCUUUUCGGCCGAGUGCCGUGCGAUCUACGCUGUUGUGCUGGCCAUGCAGAAGGCCGUCAUCGAGGCGUGCGCGCCCCACCGCCAGUGGCAGGACAUGCACCUGUUGGCCUGCCGCGUUGCCGCCCAGGGGCUGGUCGAGCUCGGCAUGCUGCGGGGCGACCUGGACGAUAUUAUGGCGCGCCAUGUCGUCGGCUAUUUUAUGCCUCAUGGGAUUGGUCACCUGAUCGGCAUCGACACCCACGAUGUCGGCGGGUACCCGCGCGGCACCGAGCGCAUCAACGCCCCCGGCCUGCGCUAUCUCCGCGCUCGCCGCGAGAUGCUGCCGCGUAUGGCGUUCACUGUUGAGCCUGGGCUGUAUUUUGUCGACGCUAUCCUGGCUGAGGCCCGCGACACCCCGGCUGUCGCCCAGCAUAUUGACUUUGGCGUUGUUGCCAAGUACCGUGCCGUUGGUGGUGUUCGCAUUGAGGACAACAUUAUUAUUACCGAGACUGGCUGCGACAACCUGACCACCUGUCCGAAGGAGAUCGCCGAAAUUGAAAGUAUCCGCGCAACAGCAUACCAGUAGAUUUUAACCCCGAUCUGCGGAUUAGAUCACGCAGAUAGAGAUAAGCGGGUGAAGAGGUGGGGCUGUGGAAAAAAUGUGGGAGAGAUUGAUUACAAGAAGGAAGCGCUAAAAAAAAGGACGUGGUUGUUGCCAGAGAGGGAGCACGAAAUCUAACCACCAAGCUCAAGCAGUUGUAGUUUUGUUUUUUCCCU